GGUAGGUCGUCAGUCGCGACUCGCGGCAGGCUGCAUAGAAACCGCGGGCUCCGCACCUUUCACUGCUCGAGCUAGCUCGGUACCUCGGCUAGCCGCGCCUGCUAUCGCAGUAUGAAUGGCGGCCGCGCAGGGGUACACAGUACCACGCAAAACUUUCAUGCCCGCGGCCGCGCACGCGCGCCUUACUCUAAUGCGCGCAUCGCUCGCACUAUAAUUCUAAAGAAAAUAUAAACAUUAACUACAUCAAAAAUAUAUCACUAUUUGACUACACGGGCUGUUGGAAAAUAAAAGUGGUUUUGCUACGGCACAUUCAUCUACCGACAGUUUUUACGAGGAUUGGACGAUAAGAUUUUCUUUACAGUGGAGUUUUGACAUUUUUUAAUGAUAAGGUUUUUUAAUUUGUGACUGCGAUUUACGAACACAUACAUCGUCCAUGCAUCAAGAACAUCAACAAACAGGCAUACAUGAAGGAGGUUGGGUGACUAGGAAGUUUCCCACGUAGGACUUGGCCCUCGUGUGGACUUCGUUAGCUCUUAGGUUUCUGUACAAAGAUAAGGAUAUCUAAGCACCACAAUGCAGUUCGUAAAGUCCUUCUUCAAACGGAUCACCGAUGAUCUCAAACAGAAGAAACUUAUACCCCUCAAGAUUUUGUUCUUCGUCCAUGCCUCCACUUUGUUUGUGUUGUACCCGUACCUGACGAUCCACAUGCGCGAGCUGGGCAUCAACGUGGAGGAGACGGCGAUCAUGUCGGCCGUCACGCCGGUUGUGUCCAUCGUCAUGCCGCCACUCGCGGGCAUGCUGGCCGACAAGAUCGGUAACUUCAGGUGCCUGCUUGCGCUAUCGUCUGUGCUAGGCGGGGCGUCGGCGCUGCUGCUGCUGGCGGUGCCGGUGGGUCGCAUCACCGUUACCUUCCCGCCGGCCGCCGAGCUACUGGUCCGCUGCGGAGCUCGCCACCUCACACUCACGCACAUGCACGACUACCCCUGCGUGCCGCUACACCCCUACUCCUACGACGUUAACCUCACGAUAUUAUCUUGCGGUUUCGUUUGCGAGAUGCCGGAGAACAUGACUCAAGAAGAUUCCGAUGCGAUAGUACACAGUCAUUCGUACGACGUGCACCUGCAAUCUCCCGUGGACUCCCAGCGUCUCGUGUACCGGCAUACGGUGUCGUCGCUCCUCCCGCGCACGAUGGCCCCGAAGAAAGACCAGAGCACUUCGAGAAUCAUGACAAACGACCCGUACUUCAAUACGACCGUCACGAAAAUAUCAGAUCGAGAGAUAUUCUUCCCCGCACCGCAGCUUUAUCAAAUCGAAUGCGCGCACGACACUAGCAAUGAAACAUCAUGUUCACUUGGUCGCAGCGAUUUCAUGACUCAUAUGGACGAGGGUAGCGAGGGAGCAAAGUUCCGAGUUAGGAUUUCGCACGACGCGCAGAAAACUCCCGCCGACGUGAAGAGCUACUGGGUGAAAGCGGUGUUUUCCCCAAACUCUAUGAAAUCGGACGGGGACUUCGAUGGUGUGGACAGCGUUACGUGCGAGGACAACUUUAGAUCGGCGGGCGGAGCCCUGGUGUCAGCGGGCGGGCGACGAGUCGCGGGCUGCGUGGCGGCGUGCGCCGGCGCCGCGCCGCGCCGUGCGCUGUGCGACAACCAGCAGCAGCAGAUCGAGCUCGACCCCGCCUUCACCUUCUGGGCGUACCUUGCUGUCCGUGUAUUCAUCGGCAUAAUUGGCGGGACGGCGUUCGCGAUGUUCGAGGGCGCGGUGAUCGCGAUCGUGCGGGAACAACGCGCGGACUACGGGCUGCAGCGCGUGUAUGGCAGCAUCGGCGGCAUGAUCUCCUCGCCGCUCUCCGGCAUGCUCAUAGACUACGCCAGCCGGGGCAAGGGCUACACCGACUUCAGGCCAGCGUUCUACCUGUACGCGGUGCUGAAAGUGGCGUCGGGAGCGCUCAUGCUGAGCAUCGACCUCGAGUUCAAGCAGCCCGCGCAGAACCUUCUAGAAGAUGUCAUCUCCGUCUUCCGCAACUUUGAGAUCGUCGCGCUCUUCAUUGCCUGCUUCAUCAUGGGCACAGCAUGGGGCUACAUAGAGAGCUUCCUGUUCUGGCUGCUGCAGGACCUGGGCGCGUCGCGAUCACUCAUGGGCAUCACCAUCACCGUGGGCGGCAUCGCCGGUCUGCCGCUGCUAGUGUUAUCCGGACCUAUAAUUCGGCGGCUUGGACACGCCAACGUGCUGUUUAUUGGAUUUGUCUUCUAUGCCAUCAGAUUGCUCGGCUACUCGUUGAUCUACAACCCGUGGCUGUGCCUGAUCUUCGAGGCGCUGGAGUCGGUGACGUCAUCGCUGUCUUUCACGGCGGCCGUGACGUACGCGGCGCGGCUGUCCUCCACCACCACCGACACCUCCGUGCAGGGGCUGCUCGGCGGGCUCUACUACGGCGUCGGCAAAGGAGCUGGCAGUUUGAUCGGCGGGUACCUUAUGAAGUUCUUCGGAACGAGGCCGACUUACCAGAUAUUCGCGGCCGCGACUCUGCUCACCGGCUGCAUCUACUAUCUGUUCAACAAGUUCGUGCUACGGAGCAAAGCCAACGACGACAACGACCUAUGCAAGAAGCGACCGCCGCCAGAACUAGACGUCGAGUGCCGCGAAACUAAUAAGGAAAAUAAAGUAAACACCCCGCUAGAUGACGCUGCUAAACUAGAGGCAAACAAAGAGAAUGCUAUUGACAAACCUAAACAAGACUCGACGCCGCAAAAGUUGUCCUCUGACAACACAGAUGGCGGUAGUGACUCCGGCGUGGACAACCCCGCUUUCAGCGAAACAGAAACCUCACCCAAUGACACCAAGAAAGAAAACAGCAAAGUUAGUGGAUAGUGUUUAUUGUGAUAUGAAUUUAUUAAAGUUUAAAGACUAAUGUCUUUAAACUAUACAAAUUAGUUUUAGGUAAACUAUACUGUAAUAAAAAUUAUACGUAUUGAAAAGACAGAUGUAUAUAAUAGAAGUACUGUUAUUUAUUAAUAAAAUAUUGAAAUUUAAAUUAAAA